AAAUUAUCCUGUUGAAAAAACAUUUGGUGUAAUUGGACCUAAAUUUGACUAGCAAAAGCGUCAAUGAAAUAGUGGAGGGUGGUGGAGCGUCCUUCAAGACGAGCUGCAGUGUUGUAGUUUCUCAGUGCCUUGAAUUGCGCACACAUUGAUUUCGAUUUCAUCAAACACAGAAUCAAAGGUGGUUGGGUCCCAAUUCAAGCACCGAAAUCUUGAAAUUCAUGAACUCCCCGAUAAUCAUGGCGUCUUUCUGUACUUCCUGUCAUGAGUUUGGAGGUUUAGCAAUUACCAUCAUCCGUUUCGCACAGUACAAAAACCUCAACUCUUAAGUUUUUCCUUCUUCAUCUUCAUCAAUGGCGGCCGACGACGACCAGGGCGGCGAGGACUACUUGUUUAAGAUUGUUCUGAUUGGCGACUCUGCGGUGGGGAAAUCGAACCUCCUCUCGCGGUUCGCUCGGAAUGAGUUCGAUAACAAUUCCAAGGCCACGAUCGGCGUCGAGUUUCAGACGCAAGUGGUGGAAAUCGACGGCAAGGAGAUCAAGGCUCAGAUCUGGGACACCGCCGGCCAGGAGCGCUUUAGAGCUGUCACUUCGGCUUACUAUCGCGGCGCCGUUGGCGCCCUUAUUGUCUACGAUAUUAGCCGCCGGACUAGCUUCGACAGCGUCAAGCGGUGGCUCGACGAGCUCGGCGGUCAUUGUGAUACGGCAACGAUAAGGAUGUUGGUAGGGAACAAGUGUGAUUUGGAGAACAUCAGAGAUGUGCAUGUGGGGGAAGGCAAGUAUCUAGCAGAAGAGGAAGGACUGUUCUUCAUGGAAACCUCUGCUCUUGAUUCCACCAAUGUCAGAACAGCCUUUGAGCUUGUUGUUAGGGAGAUUUACAACAAUGUCAGCAGGAAAGCCCUCAACUCUGAUUCUCACAAGGCCGAGCUUUCUGUAAAUCGAGUAAGUUUGGCCGAUGCGGGAGCCUCGUCCAAAAAAGGCUUCUCGUGUUGCUCUCAAUGAGGUUCAUGUUCUCCCUCCCAAAUUUUUAGCUUAGAGAAUUGUAUCGGUCUCUAAAAUUUAGGUUUCGAACCAAUUCAUUUUCAAACUUUCAAUAGUUUUCGUAUCUGAGAAAGUUCGAGAGUUUACUAGGAAUCGUAAAGGGACUAGGAGAGUACUAUUGUUCUUAUCAAUGCCCUGAUGUGUCUCUUCAAGAUUA